UCUCUCCCUGCCGUUUAGCGCUCGCUGCUGUCUCUUUCUGCUCCUGUUCUCAGUGAACGGUGAGGGUGAAACUCUACAGAGAGUAGCCUGCAGCCUCAGCCACAGAAACUCGGGUUUAUUCCAACUUUACCGCCAGUUGUGCGUGUGUGUGUGCGCGCGCGCGCGCGCGUGUCUGGGUGAAUACGCUUUGUUAGCACAGCAAAUUUAGCCGGCAGUGAGUCACUGAGUCACACACACACACACACACACCCGCGGUCGGAACUUGAAAUGUGACGGUAAUCAAAAUGGGAGGAAAGUCGUAGCUAGCUCGCUGAAGUUGGAGGUUCUCCUUGUGGAAGAAGAAGGAAGAGGUGGCGGCGGACACCACGAGUUCACUCACAAUAAAAGGAGUGAGCUCAGCCUUCCAACAUACCUCCUCCUUUCACUGGGCUAAGAUGAGUAUUACCAGCGACGAAGUGAACUUCUUGGUCUACAGAUAUCUCCAAGAGUCAGGUUUCUCCCACUCAGCAUUCACCUUUGGCAUUGAGAGCCACAUCAGCCAAUCCAACAUCAAUGGAACACUAGUGCCCCCUGCUGCUCUCAUCUCUAUCCUGCAGAAAGGACUCCAGUAUGUGGAGGCAGAAAUCAGCAUUAAUGAGGACGGCACGGUCUUUGACGGUCGGCCGAUUGAGUCACUGUCGCUCAUUGACGCGGUGAUGCCAGAUGUGGUGCAGACGCGGCAGCAGGCCUUCCGCGACAGACUAGCCCAGCAGCAGACCACCUGUACCAUAGCAGCUUCAACCUCUGGAAUCCAGUCCAAUGCGCCAAAAAAUGGAGAAGCCACUGUCAAUGGCGAGGAGAAUGGUACUCACAGCAUGAAUAACCACAGUGAGCCUAUGGAUUUGGAUGUGGAUGUUGAGAUACCAGCCAGUAAAGCUACAGUACUCAGAGGCCACGAGUCUGAAGUUUUCAUCUGCGCCUGGAACCCUGUCAGCGAUCUGUUGGCCUCAGGUUCAGGGGACUCCACUGCCAGGAUCUGGAACCUGAACGAGAAUAAUAACUCAAUCUCCACCCAGCUGGUCCUGCGCCACUGUAUCCGAGAAGGUGGCCAGGAUGUCCCCAGCAACAAAGACGUCACCUCCCUAGACUGGAAUAGCGAUGGGACUCUCCUGGCAACGGGCUCGUAUGAUGGAUUUGCCAGGAUAUGGACAAAGGAUGGAAAUCUGGCAAGCACACUGGGUCAACACAAAGGGCCCAUAUUUGCACUCAAGUGGAACAAGAAGGGGAACUGUAUUCUCAGCGCUGGUGUAGAUAAGACGACAAUCAUUUGGGACGCACACACAGGAGAAGCCAAACAGCAGUUCCCCUUCCACUCAGCCCCAGCACUGGAUGUUGACUGGCAGAACAACACCACGUUUGCCUCUUGCAGCACAGACAUGUGCAUCCACGUAUGUCGACUUGGCAGCGACCGCCCCCUCAAGACUUUCCAGGGCCACACGAAUGAAGUUAAUGCCAUUAAGUGGGACCCAUCAGGUAUGCUGCUUGCCUCCUGCUCGGAUGACAUGACCUUAAAGAUUUGGAGUAUGAAGCAGGAGUCAUGUGUCCAUGACCUCCAGGCUCACAGUAAAGAAAUCUACACUAUCAAGUGGAGCCCCACAGGCCCCAGCACAAAUAACCCCAACGCCAACAUCAUGCUUGCCAGCGCUUCUUUUGACUCUACAGUGCGACUGUGGGAUGUUGAACGAGGGGUUUGUAUUCAUACACUGACCAGGCACCAGGAACCGGUCUACAGCGUGGCCUUCAGCCCUGAUGGCAAACACCUAGCCAGCGGCUCCUUUGAUAAAUGUGUCCACAUUUGGAACACUACGACUGGAGCCUUGGUGCACAGCUACAGGGGUACUGGCGGCAUCUUCGAGGUGUGCUGGAACAGCACCGGAGACAAAGUUGGUGCCAGUGCCUCCGACGGCUCGGUUUGUGUUCUCGAUCUCCGAAAAUAGACCACUUGAUGAUUAAUCCUGGAUUGUGGAGAAAAAUGCCUUCUCCUGCCAUCAGCAAACACACACUCAUUGCUCAAGAAAGGCUGUAAAGGUGAACUGAAUGAAAACUCUCACCGGAAUAAAACCAGAUCACCUCAGCGGUUUUAACUCCAACUGAAUUCAGCGCACCUUCCAGUCGAUGUGUGUAUUUUAUGAGAAGCCUGUUUGAGACAUAGCGGAAGCUGGCUAAGAGAUUCCCCUAGACUGGACACAACUCGCUGGGUGCAUCCAUGUAUUAAAAUGGUUCCUUAUGAUGAAGUGCUGCGAUCCCCACGGGCCACUGGUCCACCGUUUUCGGGUUGUGAGGGUAGAAACACACGGAUGAGCCGAGAUAUAUAAAGACAAAAGUGUUAUUGAGACACUGGUGUCUGGCUGUGAGAGGAAACAAAUUGCGCGGAACUUCAUGUCCUAAUGAAGUAACACAAUGAAAGUAGCUGAUACUGAAAACUGAAUCACUGCUGCUGUCUGUACAACAGUGCUUAAUUUCUCCCCAGUGGAGAAACGUUUGUUUCAAGAGUAAUUCUUCCUUUCCUUUUCUUUUUUCCUUUGUUCCUCCGUCUUUUCUUUUUUUCUUUAUUUGUAUCUAUUUUCCACAGAUGGAUUUUUGAAAAUCAAACUGAAUGUGCCGCUACGAGGUAGUUCUUAGCUCAUUUUUAACAUCAGGUUCAACAACACAAAAGGAAAAGCCUGCCGAGAAAUUGUCCUAACUUCCAAAAAUGACCUGUUCGAUUCAGUCGUCAGAAAACGUCAUUCUGUGGACAAGAUGUGAAAAGUGUGCUUUAUACAGAGAAUUAUCUGCCACUCUAGAUGUAAAUUUAAAGAAUGUAAAGAUGUAAAUUAGAUUCAUACACAGACUUAUAUACUGUGUAUAUAUGUUUAUAUACAGCACACUUUAUUGCAAUCCUGUAGGGGCUUUUUAAUGGCUAGAGCUAUCAGAUCUUUGCUGAUAAUUCAAGACAAGACCACUCUUUAAAUGAAGUGCAUAUUUCAUGAGCUUCUUAUGUUGCAGUCUUUCUGAAAUCUGCCAGUCGUAUCCAUUUGAUUGAGCUUACUUUUCGUUAAGUGAAUCACAGAAAAAACAUCAAGGAAAAUGGCUUGAGCAUUGUUGUUCUUCUCUGCUGAUCACUAAAAGCCAUGGAGGAAAUGUACACCGCAUCAUCUGCAUUUGGGAAGUUCUCUUGUUAAAGAUAUUAGCAGUCAUCACUAUCCUACUUAGCCUGCUGCUUUUAUUUCUGUUUUGUGUGUAAAACAAGUCAUCACGGGACUCACAAACCUGUAACUGCCAAGCAGACAAGCAAGGGAAGUUUCUGCAGCUUGUUUUAUUAUUAGCAUGGUUCCUCUCUGGCACUUUUCCUCUGAUCAGCCUACUGAAAAUUCAGAUCAUUUGACCAGGAGGUGGAUUUUAUGCAAAAGCCUUGUUAUUGUUUAAAUUUUUUUUUUUUUUUAAAGCUGUGCUGAGCUUGAAAUGUGUGUUGUGAGCAGUAUGUCUGCCUGCUUGGAUGUAAAGUAAAAGUAUCUUCAAGCAAACCUGCUACCACUUUGAUUUGCCUUUUUAGCUUUUAAUAUUUUUUAAAAUUUCAUCUUAUUGUUUGAUUUUAUUUGUUUUUGUCUCUCACUUUUUGCCAGCUUCAGCAGGAGCAACAUGAAGUGCACUUUUGUAUCGAUGGGCUCAGAAAAAAAAUCACAUUUUGCUGAAAGUCAAGGUCCAACUAUUUGUUUUUGUUUUUUUUUUUGGUUUUUUUUUAAUGUCACAAUUGGAUACUAAUGAGUGUUUAAUUUUUUUUGACUACUUUUUUUUUUAUUUGCUAAGAGCCAUUAUUGUCUGUGUCAGACUGAGCAUUGGGCUGUAGGUCAGUGGCCAUUCUUGGCAUGCUAAGGAGCCCAAUAUGGAAUAAGCGCUGUGACGGCUACUAUCUUUUUCACCCUGAUCCAGGGUCUGUCACCUGUUUCCAAGAAAAAAAAACAAAACAUUGAAGUCAUUCAGUGUCUCAAAUAAAUUACUCUAUUUUGAUAACAGAA